AUGCGACUACAUGCCCUCCACGACCGGUCUCAUGGGUCAUUAUUCGGCGCAGAGGUCUUUGGUGUUGAUUGGAGCAAGCCUAUUUUACCCGAAACUGUAGCACAGUUGGUUGCCUUGCAAGACAAAUACGCUGUCCUAAUAUUCAGAAAUACCGGAUUAGACAAUGAACAUCACAUUGCUUUCUCUCAGCAACUUGGGAAAGAUUUGGAGAUCAACCCUUUUUUCUAUGGCCGAGAGAAUGACCGUUUAGGGGAGCCACUGCUAUUUGAUGUGGGGAACAUCGAGUUGGAUGGGUCUUUAGUCAAGCGAGAUAGUCGAAGAUGGCAUCACAGCCUGGGUAACGCCUUGUGGCACACAGACUCAACAUACCAUCAACAACGAUCCAAGUAUUCAAUUUUGCUUUCUCACGGAACUCCCGUUCAAGAAGGAUCUUGGACUCAUUUUGCGGAUAUUCGCCAAGCCUAUGAGGAUCUUCCCCAAAGUAGAAAGGACGAGAUUGAAGAUCUCAUUGUUGAGCAUGAGAAACUCGCAUCACCAGAGGUGUUUGGAAAUCCCUUGCCUCAUGAAGUCAAGGCAAAGCCACCGGCAUUUCAUCGGCUAGUCCAAGUGGCCCCUGAUGGACGCAAGACAUUAUACCUCGCGGCACAUGCGAAAAUGAUUUUGGGGAGAAGCUUCCAAGAAAGCCAAAAGUUGAUUUGGGAACUUAUUGACCAUUGUACUCAGUCAAAGUAUGUUUUCUCCAUGGAAUGGAAAGACGGCGGGGAUAUGGUUUGGUGGGACAACCGGUGA